AUGAGGCACAACCGGGGGUGUGAACUCUGCGACUGCCCUGCUCAGGGCAGAGACUCCGUGUUUGCUGGAAACCCCUGCCAGCUGCUGAAACCAUCGCGCCAAAGGGCGUCUCAGUCAACCUCGCCCAUGACUGCCCCACGGCGGGAAGACGAAAAGGGGGGUUUCUGGGCACCCGGUACAGCCCGUGUCCCGGGUCCCUCGCCUGGGGGGUACGGGUUGUCGGUCUUGCCCAGCCUCGGACGAGCUUCUUACCUAGACCCUUCCCCGCUCCUGGACGCCGGACGCCGAGGCCUGGUCCUGCUCCUCAGCCGCCGCGUCCGCAGGACCCGAGCCAGUCAGAGGCCCCGCUCAGGCGUCCGCUGCCCCAGUGGCCUCCCGGGCCAGCGCGGCUGUCACGGGCUCGGGCGCAACUCUGUGGCCCUGGGCGGCACCUCGGUAUCUCCAGAAGGCCCGGGCCUUCGGGAGGCCGCCCACCUGCCGGACCCUCCCCGCAGUGAGAACCAACAGCAAGGCGAAGGGCUGAACCUCUCCCCCUCCAGGCCAGGUACACCCAAGAGAUGGGAUGAGCGAGGUUCUGACAGCUCCUUCGCCCUCCUCUGCCAGUGGAUUUUUGGAAGCACCAGCACAGUGACGCUUCCUGAAACCUUGCUGUUUGUGUCAACCCUGGAUGGCAGUUUGCAUGCUGUCAGCAAGAGGACAGGCUCAAUCAAAUGGACAUUAAAAGAAGAUCCAGUCCUGCAGGUCCCAACACAUGUGGAAGAGCCUGCCUUCCUUCCAGAUCCCAAUGAUGGCAGCCUGUAUACGCUUGGAGGCAAGAAUAAUGAAGGCCUGACAAAACUUCCCUUUACUAUCCCAGAGUUGGUACAGGCAUCCCCUUGCCGAAGUUCAGAUGGAAUUCUGUACAUGGGUAAAAAGCAGGACAUUUGGUAUGUUAUCGACCUCCUGACCGGGGAGAAGCAGCAGACUUUGUCAUCAGCCUUUGCAGACAGUCUCUGCCCAUCAACCUCUCUUCUGUAUCUUGGGCGAACAGAAUACACCAUCACUAUGUAUGACACCAAAACCCGAGAGCUCCGGUGGAACGCCACCUACUUUGACUACGCAGCCUCACUGCCUGAGGACGACAUGGACUACAAGAUGUCCCACUUUGUGUCCAAUGGUGAUGGGCUGGUGGUGACUGUGGACAGUGAAUCUGGGGACGUCCUGUGGAUCCAAAACUAUGCCUCCCCUGUGGUGGCCUUUUAUGUCUGGCAGCGGGAGGGUCUGAGGAAGGUGAUGCACAUCAACGUUGCUGUGGAGACCCUGCGCUAUCUGACCUUCAUGUCUGGGGAGGUGGGACGCAUCACCAAGUGGAAGUACCCGUUCCCCAAGGAGACGGAGGCCAAGAGCAAGCUGAUGCCCACCCUGUAUGUUGGGAAAUACUCUACCAGCCUCUACGCCUCCCCCUCCAUGGUACAUGAAGGUGUCGCUGUCGUGCCCCGCGGCAGCACGCUUCCUUUGCUGGAAGGCCCCCAGACUGAUGGUGUCACCAUUGGGGACAAAGGAGAGUGUGUGAUCACCCCCAGCACGGACCUCAAGUUCGACCCUGGACUCAAGGGGAAGAACAAGCUCCAUGACUUGAGGAACUACUGGCUUCUGAUAGGACACCAUGAAACCCCACUGUCUGCGUCUACCAAGAUGCUGGAGAGAUUUCCCAACAAUCUGCCGAAACAUCGGGAAAAUGUGAUUCCUGCUGAUUCGGAGAAGAACUUUGAGGAGGUUAUCAACCUGGUUGACGAGACUUCGGAAAACGCGCCUACCACCGUGUCCCAGGGGGUGGGGGAGAAGUUUGCUCAUGCACCUGCCAAGCCCGAGGCCCCCAUGGACUCCAUGCUCAAGGACGUGGCCACCAUCAUCCUGAGCACCUUCCUGCUCAUCGGCUGGGUGGCCUUCAUCAUCACCUACCCCUUGAGCAUGCAUCAGCAGCAGCAGCACCAGCAGUUCCAGAAGGAACUGGAGAAAAUCCAGCUCCUGCAACAGCAGCAGCUGCCCUUCCAUCCAGCUGGAGAUGCGACUCAGGACACCGAGCUCUUGGACACAUCUGGGCCGUACUCGGAGAGCUCGGGCACCAGCAGCCCCAGCAUGUCCCCCCGAGCCUCCAACCACUCACUCCAAUCUGCCUCUAAGGCUGGCACAAGCCUGUCCCUGGAGCAGGAUGACGACGAUGAGGAAACCUGCAUGGUGAUAGUUGGGAAAAUUUCAUUUUGUCCCAAAGACGUCCUGGGUCACGGAGCUGAGGGCACCAUUGUGUACCGGGGCAUGUUUGACAACCGCGAUGUGGCCGUGAAGAGGAUCCUCCCUGAGUGUUUUAGCUUUGCAGACCGUGAGGUCCAGCUGCUGCGAGAGUCAGACGAGCACCCAAACGUGAUCCGUUACUUCUGCACGGAGAGGGACCGGCAGUUCCAGUACAUUGCCAUCGAGCUGUGCGCAGCCACCUUGCAAGAGUACGUGGAGCAGAAGGACUUUGCCCACCUCGGCCUGGAGCCCAUCACCUUGCUACAGCAGACCACCUCAGGCCUGGCCCACCUGCACUCCCUCAACAUUGUUCACAGAGACCUGAAGCCCCACAACAUUCUCCUCUCCAUGCCCAAUGCCCAUGGCAGGAUCAAGGCCAUGAUCUCUGACUUUGGCCUCUGCAAGAAGCUGGCAGUGGGCAGGCACAGCUUCAGCCGCCGUUCUGGGGUGCCCGGCACAGAAGGCUGGAUUGCUCCGGAGAUGCUGAGUGAAGACUGCAAGGAGAACCCUACCUACACGGUGGACAUCUUCUCCGCGGGCUGCGUCUUUUACUACGUGAUCUCUGAGGGCAACCACCCUUUCGGCAAGUCCCUGCAGCGGCAGGCUAACAUCCUCCUGGGUGCCUACAGCCUCGACUGCUUCCACCCAGAGAAGCACGAAGACAUCAUUGCACGUGAAUUAAUAGAGAAAAUGAUUGCCAUGGAUCCUCAGAAACGCCCCUCAGCAAAGCACGUGCUAAAGCACCCGUUCUUCUGGAGCCUGGAGAAGCAGCUGCAGUUCUUUCAGGAUGUGAGUGACCGAAUAGAAAAGGAGUCCCUGGAUGGCCCAAUCGUGAAGCAGUUGGAGAGAGGCGGGAGAGCCGUGGUGAAGAUGGACUGGCGGGAGAACAUCACAGUCCCCCUCCAGACAGAUCUGCGUAAAUUCAGAACCUAUAAAGGUGGCUCAGUCAGAGAUCUCCUCCGAGCCAUGAGAAACAAGAGGCACCACUACCGGGAACUCCCCACGGAGGUGCGGGAGACGCUGGGCGCGCUGCCCGACGGCUUCGUGCGCUACUUCACCUCACGCUUCCCCCACCUGCUCUUGCACACCUACUGGGCCAUGGAGCUGUGCGGCCACGAGAGACUCUUCCAGCCCUACUACUGCCACGAGCCCCCGGAGCCCUGGCCCACAGUGACUCCAGAUGCCCUCUGAGUCAGGGCAGCCUCUCUGUUCUGGUGGCCCCAGCUAUGACUGAGGGCCUGGUCUCCACAGUCCAGAGCUCGACACCUCCCAGGCUUUCCCAAACCAAGUGCCUUGAGCCGCCUGUUCUGCAGCCAGCAGAUGAUAAUGCUGACCCCACGAAUUGGGAGAGGUGGCCCCGUGACCUCCAGGGAGCUGGGAAGGUGUUGGCCCUGAAAGCAUUACAGUCAGGAAUGUCCGCACAGGAGGGCCCGUCCCAGAGGCAGUGGGAGGAGCCCCUGCCGACCUGCUGCUGGAUAAACUCACUUCGGCUCAUGUUUCUUUUUAAAAUUCCUGUUUAAUGUCAGUCUAUGGGCCUUUCAGGAAGGAAGAGGAGGGAAUUCUGAGUUUUGCCCUUGUCCCGGGAAGAGCUAGGCUGACAUACACUAAGAGACUGCUGUGCCAGAAGUGGGGUUGGGGGCAGUGCUGAGGAGGAGGAUGUUUAGAGGGUGCUAUCCUGGGGAUGGGAGCCGCCUCCUGAGCACCGGUGCACCGAGAGUAUCCCACGUGACUGCCACCACGUGCAUCCUCAGGCAGCAGGAGCCAUGCACAUGGGGGUGUGAUGUUAGGGACUGGUUGGCGAGGCAUGCUGGCAGGUGAGGUCAUGUCUGCAGCUUUCUUGGAAAUGAGGAGAAAGCUCUGUUCUGGAGGCAGCAGUAGCCCAGCGCACCAGUGGUCUCAACAGUGGCCUUUGCUGGAUUGUGCCCUGGACCACAUGUGUGGAGGUGUUCAGGAGCAUUUGGGGCAAGAGGUGAAGAGUUCCUGGCCAUCAAGUAGGGCAGCUAAGACCCAGACAGGGACAAGCCUUCAGGACCAGAGGGGAGCAGCUGAAUGGGACCCCCUGGCCACCCGGAGAAAGCCCUGAGCUAGCAGGUAGGCAGUAAAGCUCCUCGUCCCUAAGGCCAGCAGGACAGGAGACACGCAGUGAGUCAGCGUCAGGGUUGGGAGCCAAGACCACACUGUGUGCUUUGUGGGCUAGCUUUUAUGUUUUUCUUGGCACGUUUUAAUAACUAUAUUUUGAUCAAACUGUAGAAUGCUAGAUUAGCACAAGCAAGCUAAACUUAACUUGAAGCUUACUCGUGAAGAAAUGCAAGAUAUAAUACACGUUCUAUCUUGUGUGGUACCAAAAAUCACCAUCUCCUCGAGAAAGAGAGUUUAUGUUUAGAACAUUCUCAAAUGCUGAAGAGUAAAACAUUACAGCAACACUAUGUAAAUGUAUUCAGCAAUGUCAAAGUAAUAUUCUCUAAAUUAUGUCAAUACGUUGUUUUCUUUUCCUAAAAUUAAUAUAAUUUUUAGCUUUAAUUUUAGUCAGAAAUUCCUCUGUCUCUUCUCUCCUGAGAACCUUGGAGGUUAAGACGCAAUCAGGGUACCAUGUAAGGAAAUGUCCUCCAUGUACAGCCUCCAGCCCUGGGCAGACAGGUCAGUGCCAUUCCAUAAAAGAAUGACGGUGUCCGUUUACCCACUGACAGAGAAAUCACUGUGUCUGCUUCUUGGAAGAUGCUUUCUGGUUUUGUUGUAUCAGAGCCACUCGUCAAAAGCUCUGAUUCUGCCUUCGUAGAAUUCAGUUUCCUUCCUUUCAUAAUAGCUAAAGUGAUUUUUUUCCUUAAUAUUAUUCUACGUCUUUAAACCUCAUCGAGUACCUCAUCUAGACCUUGGAACCUUGGCCCCUGUGGUGGGCACUGUUGGCAUCUUCUGUUCACUGGAGCCUCAGCCUGUGGUCCUCUUGGAAGGUGGCUGGAUCCACUGCCGCGGCCGUCAGUGCUGGGAGAGCCGCGUGAGGAAGCGCAGCACCCCUGGAAAGGGCCUCUGGAGAGUCUCCAGUAAGCUUUUACUCUCUGCCCUUGUAGUUUCUGAACUUGCUCCUCUUCAUAUUUCCUGGCAUCUCUUUUCCUUGCCCACAUCUUCACCGUCCUGGUGUUACAGUUGACUGUGGCCUGGUGUUGGCUUUUCCUGGAAGAAGCCAUCAGGUGUCCCACACGGGUGAGCCCAAAUCCUGCCUUCCAGGGUUGGACCAUUAUCUUUUAAACCAAAGUAUCAGCUCGUUUCCUGUGCUUUGUCUUCUUCAUGAAACAGUGACUUCCCAUGAGUAACUCUGGUUCUGAUUUUUGUAUUGGCAUCUAAAUCCUUCCUGUAUUCACUGGGAAACCAUGAGGAAACAACACAUCUGCAAUGAAGCCUCCCUGUGGAGCAGCCUUAACCAACAGUUUGGCCAAAGUCCCCACCCCCUCGCCUCCCCCGUGUGCUCUUUGUGUGUUUGGUGGAUACAGUUUUCCUUUUCAGUGUCCCUAAAGCUGUGACGGGGGAGUCCCACUUACCUGGAAAGCAUUACCAGUCAACUACGCAGCGUUCUCAGAUGCAAAACUUGUGUAGUAUUCUUUUUGCAAUGAGCUAUUUAUUUAACCUAUUUAUAUUUAUUUAAUUUUUACUCUGAAGUGUAUCCAGUUACAAUUGCACUUGCUUAAAGCACAUCAGAUUUGUCUUGGAGAACACUCAUGGAAAUUUAAAACUGGAAAAGGAAAAGUUAUACUGUAUCCUUCCAAGGGAUGGACACCUUCCAGUAGUCCUGUGAUCAAAGGGUAAAUAAUUUGGACUGGGUAAUCUGUUAAUUUUAAGGUGAUUUUUUAAAAUUUCUGUGCCAUUGUGUCUUCUCUGUGCACAGUUAACUGUGUCAUUGGUAUGUGUUAAUUGUGUGAUACAAUCAUUUUUGUGGAGCCUAAAGUCCUCUUUUUAGCUUUAUAUUUUAUAAACUGCCAGACUGUACAACUUUUAUGUGUAUUUUUAAAGCUUGAUGAUGUGAGUGUCAUUAUCUAAGCUAAACAGCCUAUUUUUGUACCUCCUGUACAGUUUUGUAAUUCUGCUGAUUGAUGACGGCAUCUUAUGUUGAGCCAGCCUCAAUAAAGGUAGUUUUAGAUUUG